AUUUUAAAUUUAGUAUAAAGCAUUCUAAAGCAUCCACAUUUUCGUUUCGCAUGCGUUCGCUUUAACGUUAUUUAUAACUCAUUACGCUAUGGCAAGCACGAAGUAGUGCAAAAGAUAUUCAUACCAUCCACCGACGAAUUUCUGUAUAUGUUACGUUUCUCCAUAAAUCAGUAAGUCCUCUUUAAUCUUUUUUAGAUUAAAUAAUUUACGCAAUUGUAAUUAUUCAAUAAAUAAAUUAGCGUGACAAUUUAAUGGUGUCUAUGGAUUAUAUCAACUGUUCGAAAUAUCGAUCUAUAAAGAGUUGCUGCAGUGAAAAGUCAUCGAUGGACGAUGAAAAUAAGAACAAUGAAUUUCGUAAUAAAGAUUGUAUAUUCCUUGAACGAAAAAAUAAAAUCGAAGAUGGAUAUUCCACUGUUAAUGUGGAGCCAUUACGUUUCGUUAAAAAUGUACGUAUAAAAGACCAAAUAAAUGGAGAUAUACAAGAGGAAAGCUUCUCUUCCUUUAAUAUGCAGGAAGAUAAAGAUUUUCGAUGUCCUAGAUGUGGUCAAAGCAUGCAAGAACCUAGAUUACUUCCUUGCUUGCAUCCUAUAUGUUCAACAUGUAUUUCAGAAUUAAUGAGUAAACGUAAGUGGUAUAGAAUUAAAAAUUUAAUGUACCUUCUCAAAAACAGAAAUCUUAUUAUGCUCUCUUUUACAUUCACAGCAUUCUAUAAUUUUACAAAAAGUAUUAAAACUCAAAAUAAUCAAUCGGAAAGCAACCAAAAUAAUUAUUACGAAAUUUGCCCUCUAUGUGAUGUUCAAUUACCAAAUGCUAAUUCAACAGUUCCACCUCCGCAUUAUCCUCUUCAGUAUCGUUUGAUAAUGAGUGCUAUCCGCUCUAAAUUUACAAACAAAAUACUUUGUGAUAUUUGCCCAGAUGAAGUUGUUGCAGUUGUUCAGUGUUCCACGUGUCUCCGCAAUUUUUGCUUAGAGUGUGGUAUGAAACAUCAACAACAAAUCACAUUGGAAUUAAAACCAUUAAAACAUUCGAUAAGACCGCUAAUGGAAGCUACAAAAGUACGACGUACUGCACUUUGCCAGCAACAUCCUACACAUGCUUUGCGUUUUUAUUGUAUUGCUUGUCAACAGGUAACCUGUAAAGAAUGUAUGUGGAGUAGUCAACACAGAGGUCAUGCAAGUGAAAAUGCUGCUGGAGUUGCAAAACGAGUUAUUUUAUAUUUAACGAAAAUGUUGCAAAGAGCAAAAAUGCUUUUAAACAUGCUCCUAACGCAGUACGAUCGAGAUGCAUUUUUAAAUAGCUCUUUUGAGGAAAUAAAUGAUACCUGCAUUUCAGUUGAUUAUAGGUAUGUUAAACUGAUAAUUUCUUAAAUCAAUUAUUCGUCAGAUAAUAUUACAAUUAUAAGAAAUAUAUAUACACAUAUAAAAAAAAUUAGGGAUAUGCUAAGACAGAAGGUAUAUUAUAAGAGAAACAUACAUAAGUAAAUAUACAUACAUAUACUACUUACAUACAUGUAUCUGAAUUGUCAUGUGAUGAUUAUUACUAUAGAUCUUAAGAUUCAAUUAAGAAUAUUGUGUGACUGUCAUUUGAGGUAAAAAUUUAUGCAUUUUUGUAGGAUAAAAAAAACUGUGAUAAAAAAUAACUGUUACUAUACAAAUAAUUAAAAAAAAUAAAACAUUCCAUUAUAUAA